CGCCCCCUCCACGUUGGGGGCGGUUACCCACCUGGCCCAGUGCGCAGGCGCGGGAAAGUUGAACUACUAGAAAAGUUUGCGUGACUUGAGGGGAGGCGGCUGCGGCAGCGGGGCGCUGGGCCAGGUGCCUCCAUGGCGGGCUCGGAGGAGCUGGCGCUCCGCGAGGACACGCUGAGGGUCCUGGCUGCCUUCCUGAGGAGGGGCGAGGCUGCCGAGGCCCCCAGCCGCACCCCACCCAGGAACCCCGCCCCGGAGGAGCCGACAGACUUCCUGAGCCGCCUCCGCAGAUGUCUUCCGUGCCCCCUGGGGCGAGCAGCCGCCCCCCCUGAGUCCCCUCGGCCUUCCUCCCUGCCCCUCCGCCCCUGCUAUGGCUCGGAGCCGGGCCCAGCUCCUGCGGACUUCUACACCCUGGUGGCCCAGCGGCUGGACGCGUUGGUCCAAGAGCAGCUAAGAUCCCCGCCUAGCCCAGAGCUGCAGGACCCCCCGGCCACGGAGAAGGAGGCCGUGCUACGCAGGCUGGUGGCCCUGCUGGAGGAGGAGGCGGAAGUCAUCAACCAGGAGCUGGCCUCGGACCCUGCCCUGCGCCAGAAGCUGGCCCGCCUGUCCACCGCCUCUUUCGCCCGGCUGGUGGAGCUGUUCUCCAGCCGCGAGGGCAGCCCCCGGCCGAGCCGCGCGAGCCCCUCCUUGCCUUGCCCGGGCCCCCCGCCACCUUCCCCGGAGCCCCUGGCCCGCCUGGCCUUGGCCAUGGAGCUGAGCCGGCGCGUGGCCCACCUCGGGGGCACGCUGGCGGGGCUCAGCGUGGAGCACGUGCACAGCUUCGCACCCUGGAUCCAGGCGCACGGGGGCUGGGAGGGCAUCCUGGCCGUUUCCCCCGUGGACUUGAACUUGCCCUUGGACUGAGCUCUUCCCCCGAAACCGUUGCCGGACUGGACCUCACGCCCCUGCCUUCGCCGUGGGCUCUCCAAGCCUUCCUCUUCCACUCAGGGCGGUGGGGUGGUGGCUGCCCUACCUGUUUUUGCCAAAAAAAGAAUGUGUUUAAACACUUUUCAUAUUAAAA